GGUACGUUUCCCGGAUGUUCACGUGUGCAGGAUAGUGACGCUGCAGCCCCAUCCCCCACCCCAAAUCCAAAGUGGUCGAGACUUUGAGAUUUCUCUGAAACCCUAAAAACGAUGCUUGUCCCCCAUCACCUUUUAUCUGCCUCUGUCUAUUGUUAUCCGUUUUUUUUUUGUUCCUCUCUCAACCGCCAAAUUCCUGUGAAUUCAAAGCUCCCUCCAGUCUCCUAUCGCCUUCUAUUUCAUCUGCCACCCGCAUUUCCCUUUCCUCCAUCGGCUACUCGAGGCUUCAUUUUGUUUCACAAGACUGACAGGAUUUGAAGAAGCUCUCCAGAGAAGAAAUGCUGAUAUUCACUUAUAUAAUUCUGGGAAAUGUGCCAUUUCGGUUAGCAUUGCAGCAGUGUCUAUAUCCGCUAAAUAAUCACGACUUUUUGAAGAGUGAGAAGAUUACAUUUGCUUUGAUACAUUCAGAUCUGUAGGUCUCAGGUGCUAGAUUGUACUUGUUCUGGAGCUCUUUAGUUAUUAUUUUCUCAGACUUGGAGGUUAUCAUCAAAUGUCAGAAAGUGAAAUGGCGAUAAUCAAACCUGAGGUCAUGAAGUCUUACAUCUGGCUCCAAACUGCUGAUGGCUCAAUACAACAAGUAGAAGAAGAGGUUGCUAUGUUUUGCCCCAUGAUUUGUCGAGAAAUCAUUCAGACAGGCAUGGGAUCUUCUAAGAACUAUGCCAUUUCACUUCCACAAAGAGUCAAUCCAUCAAUUUUGAGCUUAAUACUUGAUUAUUGCCGGUUUCAUCAAGUACCGGGUCGCUCUAAUAAGGAACGGAAAUCUUUUGAUGAGAAGUUCAUUCGGAUAGAUACAAAGCGGUUAUGUGAAUUGACGUCUGCUGCUGACAGCCUCCAAUUGAAGCCUUUGGUUGAUCUUACCAGUCGUGCACUCGCGCGAAUGAUUGAAGGAAAAACUCCUGAGGAGAUACGAGAGACGUUCCAUUUACCUGAUGAUCUUACUGAGGAGGAGAAAUUAGAGCCUUUGAGAAACACUGCUGAUGAUCCAAGGAUCCGGCUAUUGAAUCGGCUUUAUGCACGAAAAAGGAAAGAACUAAAAGAGAGGGAGAAGUUAAAGAAUGUCGAGGUUGAAGAGGAACAUGUUGAUGAACGCUCAGUUGAUGACCUUCUAUCAUUUAUUAAUGGAGGAGAUGGAGAUUCAAAGGUACCUAAGACUUCUAAACACAAAAAGAAGAAUCGGAGAAGAAAAGAUCAAGCAAAGGAUGUCUCAUCAGACAAUGUAAGCAAAAACCAUAAGAAGGAUCCAGCUGAUCUAUCUUCUGUUGAGCCGAGCCCCAGUAAAACAUCAAAAAUACAAGAGGCUGCAGUUGAUAGCCUUGCUGCUAAAGUUGAAUUUGAUGAUGGUGACAUUGAUGAUGAGCUUGAUCCUGCAAUGAAAGAAGAACUUGAUAGGGAGGUAGAAGAUUUUGCCAGGAGAUUAAAUUCAGACUGGCCUGAGAGGAUGCAGGAGAUUUUAUCAUCGGGGCAAGAAAGAAGGCAUGCUCCCAUUUCUAUGAAUGGGAAUGGUUCUUUAAGGAGAUACACUGGGUUGGAGCGGAGAUGAACUUGCAAUGGCCUACUUACAAGGUAUCGCUGUUGAUGGCUACCAAGGGGGAGGCAAGGCUGUUGGCAUGAAUCCAAAUGUAAGAUAAUGUCUUCUAUUCUUUCGAUGGAUUGGAAUUCAAUUCACAGAGCGUCAUGUGUGCUCAGGAAGGAAUAAAAUGAGGAAAAGAGAGGAAGUUCUCGUGUUCAAAUCUUAAUUCUGCCAAGUCUUUGAUCUUAUGUUGUGUCAAUCGGGAAACUUAAGCCAUUAUACUGGCGUUGCCCAUGUAAUUUUGCUUGUGAAAUCGGAAUGCUUCCGCAGCUGUGUAACAAUCUGUCAUUUUUUGGAGUAAAUACCAAUUUUUGUUUA